GCAUUCCAUCUCCGAGACAUACGAUGUGAGCGUCCGAGGUUUUUGAGCAAGUCCUUCUGCGGGUUUUUGACUUUCAACAUCGUCACCUACUCGCUCCUGGUGGCUGAGAUUAUCCUGACGCGAUGGACCACCACCCCGGAGGAAAGGAGCUUCUUGACCCAUGUGUUCAAUGGAUGCUAUGCCAUAUUGCUGUUCAUCGUCGUGGUGUUCUUCCUGAUUUAUGGCGUUGAGGUGUACUUCAAGGUACGCGGGGGCUUCAUGAGUGACACCAUAAUUGUGGGCAACGUACAUUCCCGAACCCCACCCCAAGCUGACCUCCUCCCUCCACUUCUUGACCCUGCUGACCCUGAUUCUCCAUCUGCCUCCUCCUCCUCCACCUCCUCCUCCACCUCAACACCUUCUUCCCCUCUUGCCUCCCCAACCUCACCCAGUCUGAAAAGAGAACCGGGUUCUAAGUCAACCUCAACUUCUGACAAGUCAGGCGGGGACCAAGAGGAGGAUCAGUCAACCCAUCGUCUUGUGCCGGAGCAGGUUGUUGGAGAGUUCACAGGACUAGCCCCCCCACACCGAGGAAUUGACCAGUCACAGCUUCACCAGUCCCGAUUUGGGCUGGUGUUCCAGGCUUGUAUGCUGAUGAUUACAGUUUGUUUCCUCUUCUCGGAUGUUCUGGGAGAACUGUGGAAGAAUAGGGUCCCCUUGAUGUCAAGAAAUGCUUAUGAUAUCAUCUUUCGAGUGGUGGAACUUGGCGUGGCUCUUUGGUUCCCUUGUGUUCUGUGGAACAGUAUGUCACCAGAACAGCUGUGGAUCCUCAACCCAAAGAAAAUCCUCAAGAAGCUAGACAUUGAACGUACACUUGAACUUGGCCAGUCUGUCAAACCAAGAACUGAUGCUACUAGUGAUGGUGGUGCAGAGUGUUGGAUCUGUUAUGAUACGGAACGCACAGAUGCUGGACCCCUCAUUCAACCUUGUGACUGCCGCGGGGAUGUUGGAGCCGUCCAUCACAACUGCCUCCGGAAGUGGCUUAUGGAGUGUGCUGAGAAUUCCUCUGAAAACUUGUCAUGCAAAGUGUGUGGGGCUGUAUAUCAGCUCGAGAGAGGGAGAGCCUGGUGGAUUGGACAAGGCUUUACAACACGCCAUUGGCUGCAAACAGCAUCCCUGGUGACAGUGAUGUGUGGGACCAUAGCUGGCACAUGGGCUGUAGUGCAGAUGUAUGAGAAUGCCUACAUCAGAUCUCUGGCCGCUGGAGUCACUCUUUUGGUUAUCUACGUCUGUUUGCGAUUCUUGGGAUUCAAUACCUUCAGUGCUUAUCAGCGAGCUAGAUACUCGGCAGUGAAAAUCCUGGGCCGUCAUUUCGCUCAGCGUGACAACAAUAGUGCAGCCAAUAACAAUGGUGGAGUACCUGGAGCAACUGCCAAUGUCGCUACCAUCAGCUCUGAAGUCUUGGUGGAUAUGAAUGCCAGUAGUGGUUUGUCAAAGUUGCCUGAAUCAGCAAUAUAACUCAUUGUUAAGAAAAAGAAAAAGAUAUAUGUUAUUUCAAUAAAGAAUAUUAAUGAAAGUGGAUAAACACAGUGAUUGUUAUCCUUUGUGUUCAUAAUGCAUCCUUGAAAAAAUAAACAGGUAGAAAAUUAGACUACAGUAUUGUAGAAAUUGUAUGUACUGUAUUUGUGGCCAGACAUGUUGUUCUAGCAAUACCAAGUAUCAGUGUGGAAACAGACCUCAUAUGUACUAAAAGGUGAGAAGUAAGUAAGCUUGAUGCAUAGAACUUGAGAAAUGUGUUGGUGUAGAAGUAGAAAAGAUCAGUAGUGUUGGCUAAACUGUAAUUACAAAUGUACUGUUACAAGAGUGAGUGAGUGACCAACCAACCAGCCUGUUAAAGAGGUGGUUUAAUUCUUAAACCAGGAACUUCGUGAAGCUAUCAACUCAGCACCUAAACUACAAAACUACACAGUGAUCUUGUGGUGUGAGAAAUGAUACAUAGUGGAACUAGAAGGUAUGUGUGGAGAAUUCCUGUCCAAAUCACAGCUGAAAAGUAAAAGGGUGCCAAGAAACAUACAAAUCCAUUUAUAGGCCUAAAAAGUAGGACUCAUUAUUUUAGAGGAUGUCUGACUUCUAACAUGGACAGUUUCAUUACUAGGUUUCUUUCUAUGAUAUAUAGCUUUCUGUAUAUAAAGUAGAGAAGUGUCUUUUUUUCUCUCCAUUAAAUAAAUUUAGUCCAAGAAUUACAGCUGGAGUCAUAAAACAAUUUCCAUAGAACUAGUAUGGGAAAAGUUUCUGGAAAAAUUAUCUGAAAAUUAAAGAUAUAACUAUUUUCAUCAGGAUGAUGGGAAGACUAAGGAAUAUUUCUUCAAGGCAAUUUUUGAAUCAAGAGCAGAUUUAUUUUCUAUUUACUGUACUUGAAGUCCUCUUGAUGUAUGUUCAUAUGAAAUGUGGCUUUACAUGACUUGUCCCUUUCUCAUGAGUCUGUAUUUGCCAUUAUUGAUGAUGAUAAUAAGAAGAAAAUACACUUAUAAUAGGACUGAUAAAAGACAAGCAGUAUUAGUACAAUAUGGGAAAAAAAAGCCAAAGUCAUUCUCGUUAAAGAUUGUAACCAACCCUUUCAGUAAAGAAGAACGUAAUGUGGGUACCUUCAGAAAAUAUGAUUGAUGUAAAAGAUGAAAAUAAAUUCAAAUUUGAUUCAGAAUCUGUAAAUAUUCACUCCAAUAUGUGAAAAUCAACCAGUUUUGUGUCUGCAUAUCUGCUUAAACCAAAGAUUUUUUUUUUUUUUUUUUUUUUUUUUUUUUUUUUUUUAAGAUUCAACAAAACUGGAGUCGGUUGAUAAACGUUGAUGAAUUAUUCGUUCUUUAUUUUAUUAUUUUUUUUUUUCCCAUUUUUUCUCCUUUUGCUAGAUCUUGUAUACAUUUAUUGUUUAAUUGAUGUGAACUUGUAAAAUUGGAAAGCAUUGACAAAAAGUGAAAUGUACUUCAAAUUUAAGGGUAAAUUAACUAAUACCAGAUUAUAAGAAUUCAGUUUGACAGAUAUGCUCUUAUGUAUUAGAUCACUUUUGGUUCCACAGUCAUUAAUACAGGAAUUCUGAAAACUGUUGCCUAAUUUUUCAUCACUUGCAAACCCAAAAUAAAUCUUAGCUGAAAGGACAAAACUUGGACAGUUGGACAUGAUAUAAUCAUUUUCUGUAUUUUUUUUUUAUUAUCUUAUUGGGUAAAAAUGUCUCCAGUUAGGUUGUGAUAAAUGCUUUAAUGUUCUGUAUGUAUCACUUUUGUUCCCAGUGAUUCUGUAAAUAGAGAGGAAAUAGAACCAGUUGGCCUGAAUAAGAAUUGUGAUAUGUCCGUUGAAGGACGAUGUUUCAGAUUAAGGUAUAACAGUCUGUGAUAGUGAAAAGAGAAAAGCAACUCUGAACUGAGGAAUGGAACAGAAUGUGAUGGAGAAAAAUGCCUGACAACCACAGUGUGUGUAUGUUUUUUCUGUACAUUCAUUUUUUAUUGAUGAUGUAUAUUUUAUUAGGUAUGUACACCCAAAGGUCCAAGUGACCAGAUCUUCUGAAGAAAGACCUCCUUAUUGCUGGCUUUGCAGUGAUAGGCAUGACAGAUGUUAUUCUGUGAACUAAAAGAGAUUGGGAUAAAAGACAAAUGUCGACAAUAAGAGGAAAAGCCACUCAACAGAUCUAAAGGACCAGAAACUUGACAAGAUAUGACACAAUAUGGAGAGAUGUACAAGCAGUGGGCUCUGUGCACCUUCCCCCACUGCCUGUAAAGCCCUUUAGCUCUGCUGGAAGGGACUUGAUCAUUCCGUAUAACUUCUUAGAACACCCAAGCCACAUUCCCAAGUUGGAGAUUGGAGUCUUGGGGUCCCAUUGAUGUCAAAGGGUAAUGUGAUACACAAGAAAAUUUAUGUGUCUCUUUUUAUGUGGCAGUUUGAUGCCAUUUGACCAAGUUUAAAUGUUUUGUCUCCAUUAGUUAUUAUGAUUGCAGUUAUUUGAUGUUUCAUUUAUACUAAAAAAUUAAACAUUGAGUUUAACAUAUGUUCCUGUUUCUUGUCUUGUAAAUUAUUUUGCCCUUCAGUGAUCAGUGUUAGUACAAUGUAUCUAGCAGUAAUUGGCAGUGCUGUGAGUUACUGUGUAACCGUGUCUGUCACCUAUAAGACAUAUUAAACAAUAUGUAGAUGUGUAGGUGAAGUUUGCUUUUGUUUACUGUAUAACUGAUAUAAUCAGUUGUCAUGUUGCUAGAAAACUGUCACUGAAUUUGCAUCAUCCCUUUUUCUCUUUCUUUUGUGAAUGCCCUCGAUAUACAAUCAUCAGAUGUAUUGAUCAGAACAAGACAAUUUAUUUCCCCCUUCUUUUACUCCCCUCUGUAUCCCUCUUCCUCUUGUAUAUUGGAAUGUAGGAGUCAUGAAUGUCUUCAGAGGAUAUAUGACUUUGGUAAUCAUUCCCCAACUCUUACUUUUUAAUAGUAGUGAUGGUGAGAAAAUGCAAUUAGGCUGUAAGUUAAAUGUGUAAGAGGAAAAUUUUAUAUUUUAUAGACAACCAAAUGUACUUGAAAGAUGGUCGUCCACACAAAUUAAGUGACACCGUAUUAAACACAAAAACACUGGAGUAGUAAUAAACUUAUAACUUAUACCUACUGGUCAGUGUCUGGAUGUUUCCUUGCAUACUGUAUUCACACCCAGUUUUAGGUGAAUGUUGUCAGUUAAGGUCCAUCUGAUUUACAAGGAAAUGUGUAAUCUGCAGUAGUUUCAUCAUUGCUGAAGUUCCAUUUCACUAAAUUUAAAGAUAAAUUACAACAUAGUGUUUAAGUGAUAUGGUCUGUAAAGCAUACUGGCAGUUUAAGGAAAUUGUAAUGAUAUGAGAAAGUAAUUCUAUAAUAAUGGUUUGGUGCAGCUUCAGCAGUUUAUUGAUGCUGCUGCUAUUUCUUGCAAAUUUUCAUAGGAUAUAAAAAAGGAAAGUGUAAAUUCUGUAUUAGAAAUCACUUGAUAGCUGAUAUUUUAUAAUAGUUGAAUAAAUUUGUUGUCAUUUUUUUCUUAUCUGAAUCAUAAUGCAUUUAUGUUCAAAGCAGAGAUGUGACCUGCAGUUGUAAAGUGACCCUGUACAGCUUCACAGUUACUUUAAUAGCGUGUAGUACACUACUGCGAUAUUCCUAAAGAUUUCACAAGAAUACAUAUAUAUUAUGCACAAGCAUCAUGGAAUUUCAUACAGAAAAACUUACAAGCACAUAUUCAUCAUAAUUUACACAAGAGCACAGACACUGACCACAAACAUGCCAAACUCAUGAUAUUUAACAUUGAGAGUAGUAUAAGAUGUAUGAUAUUACUGCUACACAGGGUUAUCUUUCAUCCUAAUGCUGUACAGUACUAUAUUCUAUAGUAAUAAAAUUAUGCUGGUCAUAGAAUAUAUUAUAUACUUCAGCAGUUGCUAUAGAUAGCAAUGUUGAAGUAAACUGUAGAGUAUACUGUGGGGAGAGUCGUGCAUGCUGGGAACUAUAUUAUAAUGAAGAAUGAAUUGAAGUUCAACAGAUUUUAACACUAAGAAAUUAGUGGUUAUACAAGUUUAGUCUGUCCAGAAAUAGUUAGGUACGUUUGUCUUAAUAAUAAUGAGUACAUUCUUAACUAUCUUUCUUGGCUGUUGACUGUAUGGCGUGAGAACAGUAACUACAGAAGAAGGCUAUGCAGGGAAAGGUGACUCCGACAAAUGUGGAUAAUGAACAUCCUAAGCGUAUGUUACUGAUGGAGUAAUGCAUUGAUUGGAAUUGGGUUCAGUCUUAAUAUACUUAAUGUGUAUUGCCAUUUAAUUAUUCUUCUACAUUAUGUACCACACAUUAUUCUUCAAAUAUUCUGAAUUGUGAUUCAAUAAAUGAAGUCAUUCUAA